UUAGAGGCUUAUUGGUGAGAAAGUUGAAACCUGGUAACACGGUCCAGAACCAGUGUUUGGGAACAGGUGUUUCGUGCGUGGGUAGUAGGGUUUAGGGUUUCUUUAGCGUUCCAGUCUCAUCCUCAGCUGCUCCAAACGCUUCUCGUCACUAUCUACGGUUUUUAGGGUUUAAUCUCUCACUUUCAGAGUCUCUCGGUGGUCAUGUCGUCGAGGCCUGAGCUGCAAGCGCCACCUGAGAUAUUCUACGACGAUUCUGAGGCUCGAAAGUACACCUCCUCCUCUCGGAUCAUCGAAAUUCAGGCGAAGCUGUCAGGGAGAGCACUGGAGCUUCUUGCUUUGCCUGAUGAUGAUGUACCCAGAUUGCUCCUUGACAUUGGUUGUGGAUCAGGACUUAGUGGGGAGACUCUUUCAGAGAAUGGACACCAAUGGAUUGGCUUAGAUAUUUCGCAGUCAAUGCUUAAUGUUGCAUUAGAGCGGGAGGCUGAGGGUGACCUUCUACUUGGUGACAUGGGUCAGGGCUUAGGACUUCGUCCUGGGGUUAUAGAUGGGGCCAUUAGUAUCUCUGCUGUUCAGUGGUUAUGCAAUGCUGACAAGUCCUCUCAUGAUCCACGAUUAAGAUUGAAGGCUUUCUUUGGAUCAUUAUACAGAUGCUUAGCCAGGGGAGCUAGAGCAGUACUUCAAGUGUAUCCUGAAAAUCUAGCCCAGCGUGAAUUGAUAUUGAGUUUUGCAAUGCGUGCUGGAUUUGCUGGAGGUGUGGUUGUUGAUUUCCCACACAGUUCUAAGAGUAGAAAAGAAUACCUUGUCCUUACGUGUGGUCCACCAUCCAUAAGCACAUCUGUACCGAAGGGAAAAGGUGAAGAUGAGGAGAGUUGCUCUGAAGAUGAGAGUAGUGGUGAUGAAGAAAAUCAUACGGUCUCCAUCUCAGACCGACAUAGGCCCAGGAAAAAGCAGAAAAUAAGCAAGAAAGGAAGGGGAAGAGAAUGGAUAAUGAGGAAGAAGGAACAGAGGAGAAGAAGAGGAGAUGAUGUGCCUCCGGAUACAAAAUACACGGCUCGAAAAAGAAAGCCUCGCUUCUGAUCUGUUUAACAGCAGCAGGGGUUGUGUCUUCAGCGCUUGCAUAUAACAAAUUCCAUCCAUAUACAGUGGCUAGUGAGCAGUCAUUCGUUGCCUGUUCCCUUCAAUGUUCUUUUUAAGUCCAUUGUGAUUCAACUUUUAGUAGCCUGCUUUUAUUACCAUGGAAUCCAAUGGUAAUGGUGACUACUGUUGUUAUAGUCAAAGUCAACCCUGACUACUUGGGACAAGACAUUGUUCUGUUGGUUAUUUAGAUUAUUUACCAUUGUGAGGAUCCUAAGCAACUUGGUAGAGAACAAUUGAAAUUUUUGGUUUUCUUUAUUCAAUUUGAUUGGAAAUACAUCACAAGUUUAGAUUGAUGGCUUGUUGAUGCUGUUGUACAGAACAUCUAUGUGUUUUUAUGAGAUAGCUGGUUAAAGGUUGAGGAUUA